UAGUCAGAUCUUCAGAGUCUGUAACCGUAACGUAUUUGUCAAUUUACACUUUACAGUCGUCUCGUCUGUACUCCGUUAAGCCGGUUUGAACUUGUGAAGUACUUGUGGGUUGGUUUCGUCGACAAGCCGUACAGGGGGACUUUAUUAUGAACGGAGACGAAGUUUUGGCCAGUUUCAACGGGAGGUACAGAACUUUCAACAAAAAAUGGACUUACACCGGAAGCCUCAGUGCUGUUAACAUGGCUGUAGCUGGAUUUUAUUAUAUGGGGAAAGACGACUGUGUUAAGUGUUAUUACUGUGAAAAGGAACUUGAGGGUUGGGAAAACGAUGAUGAUCCAUACGAUGAACAUAGGACUCAUCAACCUAAAUGCCCUUAUAUUCUUAUGUACUCUUCUCCCCCAAAGAAAAUACUACUGCAUGAAAUGUUUGAACUUGAAGUACAGAGUAUGCUAUUCAAAAUGGAAAAAAGGCAUCAAGAAAAAAUGGAUAAGCUUACCUUAGCUUUGAAAAAAAGAAAAAUUUAAAUAUACCUGUUAAUAAAAUAAAUAUUACUUUCUAUAAA